AUGACAUUACCAUUGACCAAGGUACGUUAUCGGGGGGCGGGCAAACCACGAAGUUUGACCAAAAUUGUACCACUUUUUCAUUUUGUUUCAUUGGAAAAGCUAGAUGUCAGCCACAAUUGUCUUUCUGAUCUUAAAAGUGUCAUGAAAUGGGUUGAUGCAUGCUAUUCUCUCCGUGAAUUGUCUCUCACUGGAAACCCACUUCUUCAAGAAACAAACUGGAGGGAUUCUCUACUUAAAGUGUUGCCAGAUCUGAGAAUCCUUAAUGGCAAUAUGCUAAACUCUGAUUCAGAAAGCCACACUGAAGAACACAAUCAACUGGAAUCAGCAGGUUUCCUGGCACUUUGUCAGUCUCAGAUUCGAGAAUUCAACUUGCUAACUGAAAAUUAUAUAACUGGAAAAGGAGAUGUAUUUACUUUGGAUACUGCAGAAAAUCUCUGUCACUAUUUUAAAAAAUUGAUGAUACUUAGUACUGAAUACCGACAUGCACACGAACGAGGGGAUGUAAAUAUCACCAAGAAAGAUGAAUCAGAAGCCCAGAAAAAUCAUUUGGCCCCUACAAACAGUGACAACACUCUGCAAAAUGGAGUCUUCUACUCUUGUGCACAUGAAGAUAAUCCAGACUCACCAGAUAAUCCUGAGAAAUGGAUGGACUCUGUCUCCAGCCACUCCCCACUAAGCAACUCCUUCACAUGUGAAAAUAUGGAAAGAAGACAUCAGGAAAUAUUAGUAUGCCAGAAGAAAGAAGACAGCAAGGCAAGCAGUAUUCCCACCAUAAGAAUCCCAUUUAAAGAAGUAGAAAUGACAAAUUCUGUGCUGAGGAAUCACCAAAAUAUUGAGCCUAGUGAAAAAAUUAUGGCAGCUGUGGUAAUCCAGUCAUACUGGCGUGGUUACCUCAUGCGCAGACAGAUUCAUUUCUCCACAAGGCUAUGUACUGCUGCAACAGAAGGACUGCCAAAUUCUUCCAUCAAGAAUCAGACUAUUUUAAAGAAAGAAAAAAGAGAAAAUAUUGUGAAUAUCCAAAAACAGAGAGAGAAGGCUGCUGUUCUUAUUCAGGCAGUUUGGAAGGGCUUUUUUUUGCGAAAGAAACUGACAGCAGCUCUAGAGGCUAUUAAGAAUGAAGAAUCUGAUGAAGAAUACAGAGAAAUAGAUUUAGAGGAUUUUACAUUUGAUGAAGCUGCCUUAGAAGAAGAGUGGCUAGCAUCAGAUUCCACCCGCUUCCCUUCACAAACACUGCUUCUUUCAAACCAGCUGCAUUGGCCAAAGGUUCCUGGAAACUUAAAAUGGGAUGAUACUUCAUUUAAUUUACCAAGUAAUCCAGCUCAAGCAUGGUUAUGUAAUGACAAAGAAAAUUUGUCUUCUUCAGAACACACACAAUUUAGUGGCAGAUCAGAAAAUAGAACUUCUUCCUGGACACUUGAAUCAAAGACCAGUAGAAAGAGUUUGCUAAAAUCUGAAAAAGAAAAAAAAAUUUCAGAAGAAUGGGGCUUUAAGGACAUUUCUACAGCUCAGCAAAUGUUGAAGAGGGCACAGAAAAUGCAAUCAAAGAAACUAAAGAAAAAAAUAGAUUCCACUGUGCGUCUAUCCUUAUUCAAAAACAAUGAAAAUAAAGUGUCUGUUCCAAACUCAUCAAAGAAAGUACAGCCCAGAAGAGAUGGUUACUUUGAAGGUAUAGAAGAAGAUCCUAUCCACAAAGAUACCACUGCAGAUGAAAAAUUAGAAAGGAAUAGAGAAUAUACAUACCAAUGGCUUCACACACAGGUUGAGGUUCAUGGAACAACUAGUUCCAGAAAUAUGAAAUGCAAUCACUUUUUGCCUGAGUUAGAUCCAGAUGUACUUAAUGGUGGAAGAGUUCAGCUUGUGGCAAGACUUGUAAGCAGAGAAGACACGGAUUUAGACCUUCUUUCCAUGACCAGUGGAAGUGCUUUGUCUAUGAAAAGAGGAAAAAAAAAUCAGGCACACAGACACUCAGCAGGAUCUUCAAGUAAGUUGUGGUUUCCUUCAAAAUUAAUUUAGAAAUCACAAACGAAUUGAUGGAACCUAAUGCCAGCAAGAAUUCUUUUUCAGAUGGGGGUAGGAUGCCAGCAACCUGAACUGCCCAAAAAUGUGCAUUUAGAUUUUUUCUUUCUUUAAAUAUACUCUUUUGAUAUAAACAAAAUUAAAUUAUUUCUAAAAUUAA